CUAACAAUGGCACAGCUCCUGAAUUCUUGUUGUUUUGAAACGCAGUCAUGGCGGCCCACGAUAUUGAGAAGCAGCCUGCUGCUGCGCCUGAAUAUUCUCAGACCAAAGGCCCCGGCGCAUCUGCCGGCUUCGUUGACGCAGAUGCGCAAGCUAUCAGAGCCGAUCGGCUUGCACGCAAGUUGUCUGCUCGUCAGGUGCAGAUGAUUGCCAUCGGUGGCACCAUCGGCACCGGUCUGUUCCUAGGAACGGGCAAGUCUCUCGCUACAGGUGGACCUGCGUCCAUGCUUACUUCAUAUAUCAUUUGCGGUGCUAUUGUCUACGUGACGAUGCUGUCGCUGGGGGAGAUGGCUGCUUUCAUUCCUGUCGCGGGAUCGUUCUGUACUUUCGCCGGUCGUUUCGUCGAUGAUGCUUUGGGCUUCGCUCUUACUUGGAACUAUUGGUUCAAUGAUGCGGUAUCUACGGCGUCAGACAUCAUAGCUCUUCAGCUUGUGCUCGAAUUUUGGACGGAUAAUUUUCCGGGAUGGGCGAUCAGCUUGAUUUUCCUGGUCGUCGUGAUCAUCCUGAAUGUCAUGUCCGUGAAGGUUUAUGGAGAGAUCGAGUACUGGCUCAGUCUGCUCAAAGUCAUCACCAUCAUUAUCUUCAUCAUCCUCGGUAUUGUCGUAAACUGCGGCGGUAACACGGAUCACAAGUACAUCGGAAACAAGUUCUUCUACACCGGAGAAGCUCCGUUCGUUGGUGGGAUUGGAGGAUUCGCAUCCGUCUUCGUCACUGCCUCCUUUGCCUACGGCGGUACUGAAUCCAUCGCCAUCACCGCCGGCGAGACCAAGAACCCGUCCAAGACUCUCCCUCGCGUUGUGCGCAACGUCUUCUGGCGUAUCGUCCUCUUCUACAUCGUGUCCAUUGUUCUGAUCGGCCUGGACGUCCCAUAUAACUACCCCGGCCUGUUGUCCAAGACCACGGCGACCAGCCCGUUCACCAUUGUCUUCGUCGAGGCCGGCAGCACGGUGGCCGGUAGUUUCAUCAACGCGGUGAUCAUGACUAGCGUGAUCUCAGCCGCCAACCACGCGCUCUUCGCCGGCUCUCGCCUCCUCUACACGCUAGCGGUGGACGGGUACGCGCCGCGCUUCUUUGGACAAUUGAACCGCUUUCAAGUACCCUGGGUCGCCGUGCUAGCGACAUCAGUGAUCAGCGGGCUGUGCUUCGGCGCCAGCUACAUCGGCGCAGGGCAGCUCUGGUCAUGGCUGCAAAACAUCGUAGGCGUCUCGAACCAACUCUCCUGGCUCUUCAUCGGCGUCGCCUCCCUCCGCUUCCGGGCGGGAAUCCGCCACCAGAACCUGGAGCACCUCCUCCCGUACAAGAACUGGACAUACCCGAUCGGCCCGAUCAUCGCGAUCAUCCUCAACGCCGUGCUGAUCCUCGUCCAGGGCUGGUCCUGCUUCAGCCCUAGCUUCCACGUCGUCGACUUCGUCUCCUUCUACAUCGAGCUCCCCGUCAUGCUCGUCAUGUUCCUCGGCUGGAAGCUCGUCAAACGCACCAAGUUCGUCCGUCUGGGCUCCAUGGAUCUGCUUACGGAUCGGUAUAACCUGUCCCAUAUCGAUGGGGCGGAGGUCGAUACUGACGCGGCUGCGUAUCUCGCUGAGGGUGAGGGUGAGGUGCACGGCGCCGAAGCGGAGAAGAAUCAAACCGGGUUGCUUUCGGCGUUGAAGGGCGAGCAGAAGGGGUUCGUGGGAUUGGUGAAACGCGUGGGGAUGUGGCUUUUCUUUUAGGGUUGUGUGCUUUGGUUUGGGUUUGGGUUUGUUGGCAUUUUACAGAGAUACCUUUUUCCUUUCCUUUUCCCCUGGUUGAAAGGGAC